UUGUAUAAUUUCCUUAACAAAAUAAAUGCAUGUACAGAAAUAAUUAAGAUUAGAUUAUAUUUUUUCAGUAUCAGUAGUUCAAGUUCUGCAACUAUGGACUACUCACGCUACACUCAUGAGGAGGUUUCAGACAUCGAAAGUGGAAAUAUUAAUGCUCCCCUCAUGAAUAAUAAUAAUAGCAAGGAAGUGGUGGUUUUGAAUGGAAAUGGAAGAAGAGCACAGAAUGUAUCGUCUUCUAUAAUGCGUAAGAAAUCCGACCCAGUUCUUGUUUCAAGUGUUCGGUUUCAAAUACUUAGGCAUUUCAUGGCUAAUCUUCAAGAAGUCAUUCUGGGAACUAAACUUGCUGUGCUCUUCCCUGCCAUUCCUCUUGCUAUUGCUGCUGAUUUUUAUAGAUUUGGUCGACCAUGGCUAUUUGCUUUGAGCUUGCUUGGACUCACCCCACUUGCAGAACGUGUCAGCUUCCUCACAGAACAAAUUGCAUACUUUACUGGUCCAACAGUUGGUGGGCUUCUUAAUGCAACAUGUGGGAAUGCAACAGAAAUGAUAAUAGCAUUAUUUGCUCUUUACCAAAACAAAAUACAUGUUUUGAAGUAUUCUCUUUUGGGUUCUGUCUUGUCUAAUCUCCUCCUUGUUCUUGGCUCGUCUCUUCUUUGUGGAGGCUUGGCUAAUCUUAGAAAGGAGCAAAGAUAUGAUAGAAAAAUGGCUGAUGUGAACUCACUGCUACUAUUAUUGGGGUUAUUAUGCCACAUACUGCCACUAAUGUUUAGAUAUGCCAUCGGAGAAGGCAUUGUGACUGCUCACUCCACUCUUGAGCUGUCUAGAGCAAGUAGCAUCCUUAUGCUUUUAGCUUACAUUGCUUAUAUCUUCUUCCAGCUUAAAACUCAUAGGCAAUUGUUUGAAUCUCAAGAGGAAGGAGAAGAAGAGGAAGAAGAAGAAGAAAAGGCAGUAAUAGGAUUUUGGAGUGCGUUUUCUUGGUUGGUUGGCAUGACAUUGAUCAUAGCAUUAUUGUCUGAGUACGUUGUGGGCACAAUUGAGGCUGCAUCAGAUUCUUGGGGAAUUUCUGUCAGCUUCAUUAGCAUAAUUCUGUUACCAAUUGUGGGAAAUGCAGCAGAACAUGCAGGAUCAAUCAUUUUUGCUUUCAAGAACAAAUUGGACAUUUCUUUGGGUGUUGCACUGGGAUCUGCCACACAGAUUUCAAUGUUUGUGGUCCCUUUAUGUGUUGUUGUUGGCUGGAUCAUGCAUGUGAAUAUGGACCUCGAUUUCAGUCUUCUUGAAACUGGUUGUCUCGCUUUCACAAUAAUUAUCGUAGCCUUCACUUUACAGGAUGGAACUUCACACUACAUGAAAGGAGUGGUUCUUUUCCUGUGCUACAUUGUCAUUGGUGCUUGCUUUUGGGUUCACAAAAUUCCCCAGAGUGAAAUUACUGUUGGAAAACCAUUUACUGGAGUAUUUGCUGCUUAGCUUGGAAGUUCAUGAAGCAUUGGAAACAUUUAAUCGGCUUUUUGGUAAUUCGAGAUUAUGAGUGGUAGAGCUAUUAAAAAAAAAAAAAAGGAAUUGGAAGUUUUUGGAAUUAAUGGGAAUUGAAUUCCACGAAAGAAGAUGGAAGAAAAUGUUUUGUAUAUAACUCUGUUUUGAAUUUACGUCCUUGAUGAUAAUAAGGGUUUUGUUACUGAUUAUAAGUUUAAAACAGUAGCAAAAGUGGUAAUGGAAUUUUAUUUUUCAUUUUUUUUUCCUCUUUCACUUGUAUUUUGUUAAUUAAGUGAUUAUUGCAAUGUAAUGACAUGAAUAAUCAAAGAAUGAAGAAGAAUUCUUUUGACUUA